AUGGUUGUGCGAACAGAAAAUGGUCAAAUGGCAGAUGAAGAUGACAACAAAGCCACAUACACAACAGGCAACAGCUGUUUAUCUCUCUUCAUUCACUGUCCCAGACUUCUUGGGAUCCUCCUGAUUAACCUCCCUGGUCCUUUUCUCGACAGGAACCCACAUUUAUGCAAUUAAGUGUCUCAUUAAUUUUCCAGACACCUGCAGUUAUUUACUCCAGGCACCACUAGACCUUGAGUUUUUUAUGCCCCCCUGGGAAACAUCCCUCUCUCUGCUUUGGCAUCAAGACUCAGAAAGGAUGAUCUGUAUGUAUGCUGCAACGUCCCUGACCAAUAACAUUUCCCCUAGAAGAUGGAGCAAUCUUGUUUUCUGCUCCUCUGGAGGGGAGGACCUGUACCCAUGGAUUCAAAUGAUAAAAAUGGAAAUUCCGAGUAAACAUUAGGAAGAACUUUUUUGAUGGUAAGAUUUCUUCUGGUGGGAAGAGCUGUUCAACCUUGUAAUGGACUACCUUGGAAGGUGGUGCGCUCCUCUUCACUGGUUUUUAAGCAGAGGUUGGAUUGGCAUCUGCCAGUGAUUCUCUGGGUGUGAUUCCUGCAUUGCAGGGGGCUGGACGAGAUGAUUCUCUGGGAAUCCCAUCCAAUGCUACAGUUCUAUGAGUUUAUGAAUUCAUCCUUCCCCAAACAAGUCACGAACCAAAAUAUAGCCGUCCUUCAAAAAUUUACCCUUCCCCAUGUUUUGCAAUGCAAUUCUCUGGCUAUGUUAUGUGCCCGCCCUCCCCAGGUGCAUAUAUAUAUAUAUAUAUCAAAAUCCACACAGUGAAAAUAACAUAUGCAAAUAUUAAGGUAAAUUACUUGCAAAAAAUUGCACAUUAGGUGUAUGCAUGAACAGGCAGCUGAUUUUUUGCGAAGACGUUUUUUAAUGCAAGUUGAUGUGGAAAUGUGCAAACUGGAAAAAUUAGGGAGGAGAACUGAAAUUGAAAGGGCUAUCCAUCUACAGAGUAGCAUAAGGAAGACGUUUACCUGGUCAGAGGAAUUUCUCGUACAAUUUUUUUAAACAGAUAAAUAUCUACAUAGAAUAAUAGAAUUGCAGAGUACUGGCAAGCCAGGUGUCCCCCUAUCUUAGUUUUGUCUGGCUGGUUCUUCCUGUCUAAGGGCAGAACCUGACAUUUGUCCCUAUUAAAAUUCAUUUUGCUAGUUUGGGCCCAGUUCUCCAAUCUGUUAGGAUCAUCUUGAAUCCCGAUUGUGUCUUCAGUGGCAUGGGAUACCCCUGGCACAACAAGCUGGCACUAACCCCACCCUGGCUAGCUCAGCCCAGCUUUGACUUCACCAUUCCAGCUAGGUGAUCCAAUUCAGCUGCAGGUGUUGCCAGGAACUGCUGAAUCAGGGCUUCAGUCCUGUAAGGAGGCAUUUAGUUUCAUGGAUGUCUGUAUUAUUAUUAUUUUUAAUUAAUGGUGUAAUUUUUAUGUUCUAAACAUUGUACAUUGUCUCAUUGUUGUGGGAUAACCAGCCUCAUAUAACCAACAUAGGUAAAGGUAAAGGGACCCCUGACCAUUAGGUCCAGUCGUGGCCGACUCUGGGGUUGCGACGCUCAUCUCGCUUUAUUGGCCAAGGGAGCCGGCAUACAGCUUCCGGGUCAUGUGGCCAGCAUGACGAAGCCGCUUCUGGCGAACCAGAGCAGCGCACGGAAACACCGUUUACCUUCCCGCCAGAGCGGUACCUAUAUAUCUACUUGCACUUUGACAUGCUUUUGACCUGCUAGGUUGGCAGGAGCAGGGACUGAGCAACAGGAGCUCACCCCGUUGCGGGGAUUCGAACCGCUGACCUUCUGAUCAGCAAGUCCUAGGCUCUGUGGUUUAACCCACAGUGCCAUCCGCGUCCCAUAACCAACAUACUUAAGUCUAAUUAAUGCAUAAAUUGGUUAAUACCACAGAGUAAGCUGUCCUGCCAGGCUUAGCUAUGUCACUUCCUUUACCUUGGGAACAAACAGGUAAGCAGUCCUAUUGUCCCCCACCCCCAGUCUACCUGAGAAACCCAGCUGAUUUAAGCUGAUUGCUCUAGCUCAACCACAUGGCUCUCACCAGCCACUCUUGUGUUCUGACCUAUACCAAUAAAUUAAGAAUGUUUACCACUUUGUAACAAAGCUAAGUUUUCCAGUUCCUGCAACUUUUCUGACAGGUGUAUGCAGUGCUAUUCUUAUAGAAAAAGAGGUGCCGGAAUUCACCAUGAACACCUCCCUCAUUCUCUUAAGAGUGGCAAUGGCGCCUGAGAGGUGCCAGAACUGAGCACUUUCAUCAAAUUAAAAUAAAGAAUUCUAACGGUUGGAACACCCCUUAGCCAUUUCUUGGAAUCUUUCUUAGUUGCAAACAAUUGAAAUGUGCCUUUUGUUUUGCUUUCAGUUUUUAAUGAUAAUCUCUUCUCCCCCCCCCCCACCCUUUUUAUUUUUUACCAUCAACCAAAACACAAACAGUGAAACCUCCCAGGCAGCUGAUACAUUGGGUACACAUAAUCAAUAAUAACAUAUUCAAAUCAACCAUAUAUACAAUUUUAUAUAUUUUAACACUCCUCCAUCCACAAGGUUUAUUUAACUUUUAACAUUUUAAUUGCCCCAAAUUGUUCAAACCUACCCAAAUAAUUCAGUAUCUUCUCAAAUCAAUCCUCCUCUUUCUCACUGACCUUAAACCCUUUCAUUCUGUGGAUCUUCACAGUUAUUCUAAAAUUAUAAUAUUAUUCAGUUUUCUUCCUCCAUUGGUUCACCCCUAGCUCUUCUGCAUUUUUCCAAUUACUCGCUAUAACCUGUCUGGCUGCAGUUACCAUCAAUUUUACCCAUUUACAUUCCUCUUUUGUUUUUAACUCGGUGCUACUCAGACGAAUAAGAACCAUUAAUUUAGAUAUUCCCACCUUCCUACCCACAAUUCCCGAUAUUUCUAUACCAAUCUGUUCCCAAAAUUCAUUAACUAACGGACAAUUCCACCACAUAUGACUGUACGUUCCCAUCACUCCACAUUUCCUCCAACAAUUCUUACUUCCAGAUUUUGUAAUAUGAUAUAACCUUACAGGUGUAUAAUACCAUUUUUGUACCAACUUCAACCCCUGUUCCUGGAUUAUCCUAGAGGUCGCAACAAAGGGUGGUUGCCGAAAGAUUCUUUCCUAUUCUUCAUCUAAAAUCUGUUCCUGAAUUUCUAACUUCCAAUAUUCUUUCAAACUUUUCUUUGGUGAUUUCUCCUUGUCUAAUAACACCUUAUACAAUUUUGAAACUAUUUUGGCCCUAUCUGUCUUAUAUCCUUUCACUAAUUGUCCGAAGGGUGUAAUAAUUCUUCUACCACAUUUAACUUCUUCUUUCACUCCAGAUUCAAAUUUCAACCAGCGUACGUAUCACCACAGUCAUGAUUUAUAACAGUCUCAAAAGUAAUUAGAGAAAGGAAGGCUUUGUCGCUUUGAAUAAACAUUCACAAACUUUUUAUUGAUAAUAAUCAGCUAAAUAGUUUGACGAUCUAUACAACUGUGUAACAUGUAGAAAACAGCAUUUUUAGAGAAAGACUGGAACUGAGGGAAGUCGGGGGUGGGGUGGGUGGUUUCUGUGGGGGGAGGGGGGAGGGAGGAAAAAUGGGGGGGGGGAAUAAGGAUGAUAUGUUUCUGGAUAAUGUUUUCUUUUAAUUCUGAAUAAAAAGGUUAGUUAAAAAAAGAGAGAGAAAGGAAGGAAGGCUUUGUUGACCAUAUACCCUAAGGGCUGAUAUUAAGUAAUAUUAUGUUUGGGCAAGAGGAAGGUUCCUUGGCUCUAUGUCACUUGCCCCCAUUGGGUUCCCCGAAGCUUCUUGGUCUCCCAGCAUGGAAAGCUACCUUUUCAGAGCAUCAGAGCUUGAUCUCUUGUUCCCUCUGCUUUUCCAGAGCAAAUAUGAUCGCCAAGAUUUAAGGCUUGGAUAUCAUUAAUCAUGACAUAAUUAUCUCUGUCAACAAGCUGUUGACAGGUGUCUAGUCCGCCAUCUUUCUUUCCAAAUGUCUGUAAGGAACUUUGAAUGGGGAAAUAUUGGAACUCACUUAGAAGGGCAUAUUGUAAAGCCCUAACAGUUUAUAAUUCCAAGCUUCACUUUGCUGCAUAUCUUGACUCUUUCAAUCUUUGCUGGGGUUCUCUCACCAAAAAUCACUUGCCCCUUGGCACCCGGGAAUUCACACACACACACACACACACACACACCAACAGCUAUUUCAUAACGUGGCGCUGUAGAAUAAUAUAGCACUACAGAAAUACUUUAAUAUAAAAUGAGUUGUCUGAGAAAUAAAUGAAAAUGGCUAGUCUUAUUCAGGUAAGAGUGUGCAAACAGAACUGAUUGCUUUGAGGAAAAUAAAAAUGACCUUUUUCUUUAUACCAUAAAGCCCAAGAACACUUAACUCCAUAUACUUUGAUGGGAAUACUUUGUUAUUUAUUUUAUUUAGUCAGUUUCAUUUUUAAAAACUUUUCUUUAUUUUUCUUAUGGAUAUGAUUGUCUGUUUAGUUUUUGUUUGUUUCUGAAUGAUUGAAAGAUCCAGCAAAACACAAUUAAUAAAUAAAUAAAACAAGCAUGCAGCGUUCUGCAUUUAUAAUAUUUCUGGCCUAUCAGGAAUGCACAUACCCUUUGGAAAUCAUACAAAUGCAAAUUGUUGUUAAUAAAAAACAUUAGUAAUAAUAACUGGUAAUAAUAUUAUCAAUCAGUUUGUAAGUUUUUAGGAGAAAAAUAUACGUGCUGUGUUCUGCAUUUACAAUAUGUAUGAUCGAGCCAGGAAUGCUGACUCCUUUGGACAUGAUUCAAAUGCAAACCAGUAAUAAUAAUAUCAGUAAUAAUAGUACUAUUAACAAUAUUUUCUACCAGCCUUACGUCUUCAGGAAUCAAUAUAUAUUAGGUGUUUUGGAUUUAAUAUAUCCCCGGCCAGCCAGGAAUAUGCCAGAUACCUUUGGAAAGGAUUCAAAUGCAAAUCCGUGACGAUAAUUAAGUCAGGAAUAAUAACAGCACUACUACUACAAAUUAUUGCCGGUUUGGUAAGUCUUUAGGAAGCAAAAACGAGAAAGUCUGAAAGAGAAGAGCUGUAUCACGCCCCUCGCGCCUUUUCCUAGUCUAAAAAAGCAAAAUGAGGCGGGAGAGAUGUAUUUGCAUGGAGGAAGACCCGGGCGGCAGACUUUCUCCUCUUGGAAAUGCCUGCCCCCCUGGACACCCCCUCCUCAAAAAAGAAAUAAUGGGGAAACACAUUUUUGCACCUCCCCCCACCCAUGUUUCUCCUGUGUUUGUGUGUACACAUACAGACGCAUGUGAAACCUUCGCAAGCUUGAUCCUCCUCCGCUUUCUGGUCCAUACCGGUGGGGGGGGGGGAGAGAAAAAAGGAGGGCGCAAAGAAAGAAAGGAGCCUGUGCUCCAGGCUGGGAUUUGUAGUCUUGGCCGGGGCGGAGCACCUUUCCCAAGCUGGUCCAGCAAACUACGUUACCCAGCGGCCCCCGCGGCGGGGACGCAUGAGCAGAGCGCCUGGCUAGCUCUGAAAAGACUCUCUCUCUGUAGCUCGUAGCACAUCAAUUCUUUACUUGCUUUGGAGAGAACUAGAAAAAAAAGGUGGUGGUAGUGGAAGGAGGGGGGAAUCAGUCGAGCCCUAUCGGCAGCAGCCGCCAGAGGAGGUGGUGGUGGUGGAGGAGGAGGAGGAGGAGAAGGAAGAAAAAGCCCGGCCGGCCCGAGUAAGCAAGCUAGACGCGCUUCGGGGGGGGGGGGGGGCUUCUUUGGUUUGGUGGUGGUGGAGAAGGAGAAGAAGAAGAAGAAGAGAGCAGGCCGCGGAGGGCGGAGGCAAAAUCGCGCACACAAAGGCUCCUUUCCCUUCUCCAAGCGCGCCGCUCCGGCGUUUCCUUUUUGCGCUUCCUCUGCUGGCAACAGUGUAACAAAAGGGCGAGCGCGCGGCUGCCCUGCCGCAGACGCAAGGAGGGCUCCGUGCGCCCUCGUUCUGCGCCGGACUCCCUCCCUCCUUGCCCGCCAUCUUUCGAAGCGGGGAGAAGGGCGAGCGAUCCCGCUUUCCUCCGGCCCGCGCUCGCACAAAGGAACGGCGGGCGGGGAGAAGCUCGCCUCUCCACCAGCCCAGGCCCCCCGUGCGCCCGCCGCUUGCCUUGCUGCCGCUGCUGCGCGCCUGGCUCCGCUCGGCUGGAAGCAGCGCCGCUUCCUCGUCCAGGCGGCUUCAGCGAGCGCCUUGGUUUGUCUCCUGUCGCGUCGCGCUCUGUUUCCUCGUUUUUCUCUCGGGGUGUGUUGUGUUUUUUUUAAUUUUCCUGUGUGGUAGUCACUUUAGAAAACUCAGAAAAGAUUGCGGGGGGGGGGGGACUUUUCUCUUCUUCCUUAAAAACCCUGUUGCAUAUGGAGAUCUCUUUUAGGGGCGAUUGCAGUUGGUUGUUUGGUUGAUUGGUUUGUUUAUUGCAUGUAUAUCCCAUCUCUCUUCCAGGGAGCUCAUGGUGGCUUACAUACCCGUGACCCCAUCUCCAAAUUUUAUCCCCAGCAGCAAACCUGUGAGAUAGGUUGGGUUGAGAGUGGUUGGCCCCAAGGUCAUGCCCACCCGGUGAGCAUUAUGGCUGAGUGGGGAAUUUGAACCCUGGUUUUCACAUGCCCGAACCCAACACUCUAACCACUAUGCCAGACUGGCUCUUAAUGUGGCUCCAUUACUCCCCAUCACCAGCUUAGGCUCUGCACUCUCAAUUCCGCAGUCAAAAGGUCCAAGGACCCGAUUUUGAUCCCUGGAGUUAACUGGUGUGUCUAUCUGAUGUGUGUUGUACCUGCUGAUUUAGACCUGUUUGCCUGGAAGGUAAUCAGCUGAUUUUAUUGGGACCCCCAAUCCUAACUAUGUCUAUAUUAUGGAAGUCUGUUCUCUUGCCUUCAGUGUGGCUUAUUCCAAUGGAAUUGUGGUUAGGAUUGCAGGCCAACUCCUUAAAAAAAGAGACAUGGACAGGGAUGCUGCCUCAAGCACUCUGUCCAUGUUCUGGGGCAGCAUCAAGGAGACUUAAGACUUGUUGGAUUUACUUGGUUGUUGUUUAUAAUUGUUUCCAAAACAAGAAUUUCAAACUGAGGAGCAGGCCGCUUUUGAAUAUAUUCAGAUCCCAAGGAUUUGUUUUCUGUACCAGAACUGAACUAAUUUUGCAAUCCUUUUGCAUAAAAAAAUUCACUCCUGGCUCUUCAUUUCAUUUCAGUAGCCUUUUUUUGAGGGGGGGGGGAAUCCUUGUUUUGUUGCUAUUGUAAAAUAACUAGGAGUUGGAAACUCCUUGGUCUACUGAAGAUUGCAUGGAUAUCUAACAGUAGAUCCCAAUUAACUUUGGAUCCUGUGGCUCAGUGCGUAUAUCACCUGCUUUGCAUGCAGAAAUUCUCAGCUUCAAUCUCUCAUGGCAUCUUCAGGUAGAGCUGGGAGAGCCUCCCUGUCUGAAACUCUGGAGUCACUGCCAGUCAGUGUACUGAGCUAGACUAUCCCUUUAUUAGAACCAGGAGGUCUGGAACCUUAUUUUAUUUUGGGGGGAAGGCUGCACCUGCUUUGCAUGCACAGAAUAAUAGAAUUGCAGAGUUGGAAGUCCCAGGUCAGGCUGGGAAAUCCCCCUAUCCCUACCUGGAGAGCCUAUGCCAGUUAGUGUAGAAAAUACUAAGCUAAAUGGGACCAUACUAAGGUAUUCCUGUUUAAUUUUGCCCUUUAUGCAGAACCACAAGGACUAAACAUUUUUAAGAAAAGGGCCAUGGUUCAGUGGUAGAGCAUCUGUCUUGCACAUAGACGAUUCCAGGUGCAGUCCCCCACAGCUUCUCCAGGAAGAGCUGGGAGAGUCUCACUGUCUGUAACCCUGGAUAACUGCUGCCAGUCACUGGGCAUUAUUGAGCUAGAUGGACCAAUGACUUGACUCUGUGUAUAAAGCAGCUUUCAUAUUUCCCUCCCUCUGCUCACUCCAGCUGCAUUCAACUUUUUCAGACCCACAACCCACUAUGAACACAAUUCUGCACUGAGGGACCCAUUUCUUAGUUUAUUUCCCAUGUAUCAUUGUGGUGGUAGUGCUGCUGUUGCAAGCCACCAUUGAUCAAGUUGCAAGGUGGAAGUUGCCCAUGACCUGCCAGUUGAAGCCUGAUGCCCUAGAGCAGUGUUGUUUUGUUUUGUUUUGUUUUAAACACAUAUUGUUCCAGAGUUUAGGUAUGGCAAAUGUUGAGUCCUCUUCCUUGGAUAAGGAGAGCCCGCCUGACGCACUUGUAGCAUUCUUGUGGAAGCCUGGUUGUGAUAUCUAGUUCCAGUUCAAGGCCAAUAAGAUUGUGUUGCCGGUUACAUUGAUAUCAUAGAAUCAUAGAAUCAUAGAGUUGGAAGAGACCACAAGGGCCAUCGAGUCCAACCCCCUGCCAAGCAGGAAACACCAUCAGAGCACUCCUGACAUAUGGUUGUCAAGCCUCUGCUUAAAGACCUCCAAAGAAGGAGACUCCACCACACUCCUUGGCAGCAAAUUCCACUGUCGAACAGCUCUCACUGUCAGGAAGUUCUUCCUAAUGUUUAGGUGGAAUCUUCUUUCUUGUAGUUUGGAUCCAUUGCUCCGUGUCCACUUCUCUGGAGCAGCAGAAAACGACCUUUCUCCCUCCUCUAUGUGACAUCCUUUUAUAUAUUUGAACAUUGCUAUCAUAUCACCCCUUAACCUCCUCUUCUCCAGGCUAAACAUGCCCAGCUCCCUUAGCCGUUCCUCAUAAGGCAUCGUUUCCAGGCCUUUGACCAUUUUGGUUGCCCUCCUCUGGACACGUUCCAGUUUGUCAGUGUCCUUCUUGAACUGUGGUGUCCAGAACUGGACACAGUACUCCAGGUGAGGUCUGACCAGAGCAGAAUACAGUGGCACUAUUACUUCUCUUGAUCUAGAUGCUAUACUCCUAUUGAUGAGGCCCAGAAUUGCAUUGGCUUUUUUAGCUGCCGCGUCACACUGUUGGCUCAUGUCAAGUUUGUGGUCAACCAAGACUCCUAAAUCCUUUUCACAUGUACACAUCUCAUUGGGGUGUCAUCUCUGCCCAGAGUCUCUGUUGCCUUAAACUGAAUGGUUGUGCUUAUUAGUUGUGUGACCCAUUGCUGGAAACCAUAGGAGGGGAAAGUGCUCUUGUGCUUGGGUCCCGCUUGCAGGCUUUGCAUUGGGGCAUCUGGUUGCCCUCUGUGAGAACAGAAUGCUGGACUAGGUGGGCCCCCUUUGGCAUGAUCCAGCAAGUUCUUAUGUUCUUCCUUAUUCCUGGAGGCAGGAUGCCUCUGGUUGUCACUUGCUGGGAAUCACAAGUGAGGAGAGUUGCUCUUGCGCUAGGGUCCUGCUUAUGUGCUUCCAGAUCUGGUUGGCCACUCUGAGAAGAGGAUGCUGGACUUUGAUGUGCCCCCUUUGGCCUGGAGGCUUGUGUGAUAGACUGUCUUGGGCAUGCAGGUUCUGUUGUCUCUGUAUGCAAGGUGAUGGGGAACAGCGGCUGGAAAGUGCCAUUGUAUUUAUGUCCUGCUCAUGAGCAUCCCAUUUUGGGAAUCUGGUUGGCCACAGUGGAAACAGGGUGCUUAACGAGAUUAGCCCCUUCAGCCUGAUCCAGUAGGCUCUUCUUAAGUUCUUACGUUCACCUUUGCAUCUAAGCAAGUGUGUUUAGGAUUGCAGGCUUAUUGGGGGUGAGAAUCCCCUGCAGAAAUCCAUUAAUGACAAAUUCAACAACUGUGUGUCAGAAUUUGGGGUUUGUGAGAGGGGGAGAUGGUGGUCAUGAUGAGGGGGUAUGGAGACAGUGGUCAGUAAUACUAGGAACAGUUCAUUAUCCUUAAAAUCAUAGAAUUGUAGAGUUGGAAGGGAUUGUAAGGGCCAUCUAGUCCAACCACCUGCAAUGUGGGGCUUGAAAUCAGAACCUUGAGAUUAAUAAUCUCAUGCUCUACUUACUGAGCUAUCCCUUCCAAGCCAAGCUUAUAGCACCUAGUAUUCCUGGUAUUCCAUCCAAGAACAACCAGUCCUGACCCUGCUUAGCUUCGGAGAUCAGAUGAGAUUGGGUGUGUUCAGGGUGGUAUCCGUAUAUAUGUCAGUGGGGGACCUCUUUUGCAUAUCCCAACCAGUGUUCAAAAUCAGCCAGGCGCCAGGCGCAUUUUGCACCUAACUAUUUCCCACUUGUGACCAAGUGAGGUUGCCUGGAUGCCAGGAAGGUGCUUGAUAUCUCCACCAUCUGGAGGUGCAUUUCUGAGUAUCAUUGGAUCUUGACUGUUUUCACACAUUAAUACUACAUCCUGUGGAAUUCUAUCAGUUACAUUUUAUCUGCACAAUCAGAAUAAAUUUCAGGAACCAAAAUGCUUUUUCUGUGCAUCCUAAGCAGGAGCAGUGAACAAUUAUAGCUAAUUGUUGAAGCUUGUCUUCACUUACCCCAUUCCACUGCCCUGCUCACAGUUGUGAAAAAUAUUCAUAUGUUAUGAAUGGACUGUGUCAUCAUUAAGAAAAAGAGCUAGGAAUGGGCCAGUAUAUAUGUGAAGUGUCCCUGGAUAAUGUGACUUUCCUUUAAGUUCUCAAAGUUCUUAACCUAGCUCAGGGUUGUCAUCUGAACUAGCCAGAUGUUUAACUGAUAAUCAAAUAUGUUAGUGCAUCAUUUGAAAAGUAAGACUUUAGAGUCAUCUUGCCCAAAAAUGACAACUAGACAUUCUGUCUUGGCGACUGAAGCUUUGGUUUAAGGAGACAUUUUGCUGCUACCUUAUACAUCUGAGUUUCUAACACUGCAACCAGGCACUGGGAAACAAACUGCCAGAAGGAGUCAUUCCUAAAAGAAGUACAGUACCAGUUCCUGGGUACCGCAGGAGGGGAGAGUACUCUUGUGCUCAAAUCCCAUUUGUGGGUUUCCCAUAAUGAGCAUCUGGUUGGCUACUGUGAGGACAGGAUGCUGGACUAAGAUGGACCAUUGUUUUGAUUCAGCAGGCUCUUCUUAUGCUCUUAAGCAGGUUGAAACUUUGUGUUGGGUCUAAAUCAGCCUUUCCCAAGCUGUCACCUUCCAGAUGUUUGGGACCACAAUUGCCAUCAGCCCCAGCCUGUACAGCUCUUUAAUGCUGGGGCUGAUGGAAGCAUGGCUGUUCCAGUUGAGGACUGAUGGGGAUUGUCAGGGAGGGCACUGAUUGAACAUAAAAAAAGAGAGCCUUAUUGAAUCAGGCCAAUCGCCAUCUAGUCUAAUAUGCGUUUUGCAGUAAGGUGACCAGAAUUGCUCACAAUUCCUGGGCUAAGUUAGCUGAGUUUAAGCUGCCAUCAAGGGUUUAAAUUAAGUCACUGCUAGCUUGCUUUUGACCACUUCAGCCUUGUCUAUUUCAGUGGGAUCUGAGUUCUACUCACUUAGUCUGAAUCCAAGACAUUGUGCACUUCCAAGGGUGUUGUGUUCAUUGAAAUACAGUUAUGGACUCUGCUAGUAUAGGUUUUUGGUGUUCACUGGGAAGCUUAUUUCGCUGAUUGAUGGUUCCCCAAGACUUGUACCCAAAUAAGGCUACAGUUCUAUGCUCACAUAGAAUUAAGUUCCAUUUAACUUAGAGGCAUGUACUUGCAAGUAAAUAUGCACUGUGCCAGGCUCUUGGUGGACAGGUGGCCUCAGCUUCCCCUGACACCUUCCUGCCUUCCUCCUUUCAAAGAGAACAAAUUCACAGAGGAUAUCAAGGGGUACCAUUGCUAGCCAUGAUGGCCAGGCUCUGACUCCAUGAUUAGAGGCAGUAAUGCUUCUGAAUACUUGUUUAUGGAAACUGCAGAAUGGGAGAGUGCUAUUGUACUCUGGUCCUGAUUGAGGGUUUAGGGCAUCUGGUUGACCACUGUGAGGACAGGAUGCUGGAGGAGAUGGGUAACUUUUGGCUAGAUCUAGCAAACUCUGCUUAGGUUCUUAGAACAUAAUAAGAGCCUGGCUGCUGGAUUGGACCAAAAGCUCAAUAAUAAUAAUAAUAAUAAUAAUAAUAAAUUAUGAAUCCCCUUUUACAUGCAUUUCAAGGCAAUUUGCAAACACACCAUAAAAACCAUAAAGAGCUAGUUUUAAAAACGGCACUAAAGAAAACCCAACUAAAGACGUUGGGGGAGCAAUCACAAAUAGCAGCUACCGAGUUUGCAAAGCCAGGGCCAGUCUUCCCAAGUCCUUAGCACAUGCAAGAGCACAAGACCAACCAGAUGGUUCUGGGGGAUGUGAGCUCAAGAGUUUCUUGGCCAAGUGGGGAUUUGAACCCUGCUGCUGGCAUUCGCUGGUACUUUGUUUAUGUGAGAUGCUUUGGGUGAAGGGUAGCUUAUGAUAAAUACUUUUAAUUACAACAUAAUGUUAGUCAUACUUGGAGUAGACACACAAAAAUUGAUGGCCACGAGUAACUUGUUUCCAUUAACUUCAGUGGGCUCUACUCUGAGUAGAAUUUACUUGGGCACCACCCAAAUACAGUGGUGCCUCGCAAGACGAAAUUAAGUCGUUCCGCGAAUUUUUUCGUCUAGCGAAUUUUUCGUCUUGCGAAGCACGAAAUCCCAUAGGAAUGCAUUGAAAAUCAAUUAAUGCAUUCCUAUGGUCAAAAAAAGUCCAAACAAAGCCAAAUUUGGUACAACAAGAGUUUAUUAAGUGCUCUUUAAAGUCACACAUACUGUAAAGAGCAUUUCAAAAUUCAAACCCAGAAUUUUUUUUAAAAAACAGCAGAGUUGCCCAAUGGUCUCAGAAAAUCAUAAAAAUGCAGGGGGAAAAACAAGCUUCCAGAUUCUUGCAAACCCCUCCCCAACUGUUCCCCCAGCCACCCAGCACACAGAAAUUCGAAUCCAGAAUUUUUUUUAAAAAAACAGCAGAGUGCCCCAAUGGUCACAGAAAAUCAUAAAAAUGCAGAAAAAACACACACAAGCUUCCAGAUUCUUGCAAACCCCUCCCCAACACCAAGUCCUUGAAUUCCAAACACCCCAACCCGAAAUCCAACCCCCCCAAAAAAAAGUUUUAAAAGCUUAACUUACAACAUGGCUGCAAAAGAAGUUUUGGAAAAGCUUCAAAAAUCACCAAAGUCUUUAAAAACCUCAAAAAAGGCUACUAUGUACACUGCGUUCUAUGAGUUGUUCCUCGAAGUCAAGUCGCAACUGUAUUAAUGGUGUUAAGACAAAGGAAACAAACUUGCAAGACGUUUUCGUCUUGCGAAGCAAGCCCAUAGGGAAAUUCGUCUUGCGAAGCAGCUCAAAAAACGGAAAACCCUUUCGUCUAGCGAGUUUUCCGUCUUGCGAGGCAUUCGUCUUGCGGGGCACCACUGUAAAUCCAAUUUGAUCUACACUUAUGAUUUAGAUGUGAUCUUAUUUGGGCUGCUCACCAUUACAGAUUCAACAUUUUAUAGUUGGUUUUCAAAUAAGUAAUUGGUUGAUAUGAUUGAGCACAUCUCUCUCUCCCCAUUGCCUUAUUUCACAUAAGCUCUCUCAAUUGCUUUGAUUUCUGGAACUGGCACUGUUAAAGAUGCCAUGUAAUACCCAUUCCAUGUCAUUAAGAAAUUCAUCUUCUAGUGUGAUGGCACCUACAUUUUGGAACUCCCUGCCUAAUGACAGGUGCCCUCACUACACUUUUUGGUGCCUGCUCAAAACAGUUCUGUAUAGAUAAGCCUACACAGGUAUCUAGAAGGCUAGUGAAUUUUUAGGUUGUUGCUGGUUUUAUUACUAUUGUUAUUGCAUGCUUUAAGUUUUUUAAAGUGUUUUAGUAUUUUUGCAAACUGCUUUGAGGUUUUUUAAACAAGUAAGCAGUACAGUAUAUAAAAUUGUAUGAAAUAAUAAAACAUUGUUGGCAUGUUCUUACUUUUAGCUGUUAGUAGUCUAGGAGUUAUAUUGGCGUGUUCUGAGUCUGAGCCAUGUUAAUGUCUUGCCCAAUAUAUAUAUCCACCUAGCUUUCUUUCAGUGUUGUGAAUUUGUGCUGGCUGUGCUCAGUAUGUGUUUCAGGAUGGUAAGAAAAACGUAGUAGAUUGGAUUCUUUCUCUAGACUUGGGUGGUUAGAACACAUUUUUUAAAACCUCUUUGUAGUGUAGUAAAUACAGAAGGUUGAUGCAGUGUUAGAAGCUCAGAUAUAUAAGCUAGGCACCAAUAUAGCUUCUUAAACCAAUGUAAUAGUCACCAAAACGGAAUGCCUAGUUGUGAUUUUUGGGCCAGAUGGAUCGAAAAUCCUAUUCUUCUUUUUUUUUUUUUUUUAAAUAAAUUUUUAUUAAUUUUCCAAACACAAAAUAAAAAGACAAACAAUACACAAUACACCGACAUACAAACAUAUAAACAUAUAUAAUUUCAUAACCAUUUUUUUCAUAAACCUUGCUUUCCGGACUUCCCCAUACCUCCCCUUUUCUGCAUCCUUGUUUUAUAUUUUUCAGCAACUCCUCAGUCAACUAAUUAUUCAAUUCAUUUUCUUUUAAAUUCUUCUAAUAUUGUUAAUUACAGCUGCAAUUCUCUGUUUCCCUACCCCUUGACAUUUUAACAUUCCUGAAUUUUACAACAAGUUCUAAGAUAAACUUUGAAUUUCUUCCAAUCUUCUUCCACUGUCUCUUUCCCCUGGUCACGGAUUCUGCCAGUCAACUCCGCCAGUCCCAUGUAGUCGAUCACCUUCGUCUGCCAUUCUUCCAGUGUGGGUAGUUGUUGUGUCUUCCAAUACUUUGCUAGAAGAAUCCUUGCUGCUGUGGUCGCAUACAUAAAAACGUCCUGUCCUUCCUUCUCACCAAUUGGCCGACAAUGCCCAGGAGAAAAGCCUCAGGUUUUUUAAGGAAGGUCCAUUUAAGAACCUUCUUAAUUUCAUUAUAGAUCAUUUCCCAAAAAGCUUUUAUCCUCGGGCAGGUCCACCAAAGGUGAUAAAAAGUACCUUCAGUCUCGUUACAUUUCCAACAUUUGUUAUUGGGCAGAUGAUAAAUUUUUGCAAGCUUGACUGGGGUCAUGUACCACCUGUACAUCAUUUUCAUAAUGUUUUCUCUUAAGGCAUUACAUGCCGUAAAUUUAGUACCUGUGGUCCAGAGCUGUUCCCAGUCAGCAAACAUAAUGUUAUGACCAAUGUCUUGUGCCCAUUUUAUCAUAGCUGAUUUCACCAUUUCAUCUUGUGUGUUCCAUUUCAACAGCAGAUUAUACAUUCUCGACAGAUUCUUAGUAUUGGGUUCUAACAGUUCUGUUUCUAAUUUUGACCUCUCCAUCUGGAAACCUAUUUUCCUGUCCUGUUUAAAUGUCUCGUUUAUCUGAAGGUAGUGCAACCAAUCUCGCACUUUGGACUUUAAUUUCUCAUAACUCUGUAAUUUAACUUUUUCCCCAUCUUGUUCUAAAAUUUCACAAUAUUUUGGCCAUUUAGACUCCAUAUUAAGUUUUUUCACCUCUUUAGCUUCCAUUGGUGACAGCCACCUGGGAGUUUUACUUUCCAGUAAAUCUUUAUACCGCAUCCAAACAUUAUAUAAUGCUUUCCUAACAAUAUGGUUUUUGAAACCUUUAUGCAGUUUUACCUUAUCAUACCAUAUAUAUGCAUGCCAGCCAAAUCUAUUGUCAAACCCUUCUAGAUCCAAAAUGUCUGUAUUCUCAAGAAGUAGCCAGUGUUUCAACCAGCAGAAAGCCGCCGAUUCAUAGUAGAGUCUUAAGUCCGGCAGGGCAAACCCCCCUCUAUCUUUUACAUCAGUUAGAAUCUUAAAUUUUAUUCUGGGCUUUUUGCCCUGCCAGACAAAUUUAGAUAUAUCUUUCUGCCACUUCUUGAAACAGUCCAUCUUGUCCAAAAUCUGCAAUGUCUGGAAUAAAAACAACAUUCUAGGCAAUACAUUCAUCUUGAUAACAGCAAUUCGACCUAACAAAGAGAGUUUCAACCUUGACCAUAUUUCUAGAUCUUUCUUUACCUCUGUCCCGAAAAUCCUAUUCUUCAAUAGAACGUUUUAGCUCCUGAAAUUCAUUCUAGUUGUGCAGAAAAAAGAUGGAUAGAAUUUUACAGGAUGUGUUGCUAGUGUGUGAAAACAGUCAAGAUCCAAUAAUCCCCAGGCAUGCACCUCCAGAUGGUAGAUGCACCAGGUGUCAUCCUGGCACUCAGGCAUCUUCACUUGGUCACAAGUGGCCGAAAGCAAGGUGCAAAAUGCUCCUGGCAACUUUUGAAUGCUGGGUUGAUGUCUGAUUUUACAGAAGUCACAGAGGAGCUCAUUCCCCACUCUUUUUCCUGCCACUGCAUCAUCAUUGUAAGGAGUCAAGAUGUAAUUCCAGUCUCUGAGCAAAGCAAAUUUCCUCCUAGUCCUUCUCCAAAAAUAGGCUCUUGUGCCAUCAGUUGCUAUGAACAAGGCCAGUUCUAAGGAUUGCCCCAUAAAUGUGAUUGCCCUGCCAGUUGUGCACUUGUAUGUACAAAAGACCUGGGGUGGUGUGGCUUAGGGUGCAGCCUUGGGCUGGCCCUGGCUUUGCAGGCUUAGUAGUCAGCUGCUAUUUGUGAUUGCCCCGCAAGCUUCUCCCUUGUAUGCAAGAAAGGACUCGUGGUGGGGAACCAUCCUCCUUCUCCUCCUCCUCCUCCUCCUUCCAUGUCAUAGAACUGGAGGGCCUAAUGAGAUUUGGCUCCUUGUGAUCAAAAGAUCGAGCCCUCCACGAUGUGUCUUCCCUCCGCCCUUUUCUAGAAAUCAUCGACUGAUGUUUUGCUGUCCUCUCCCUGCUCUCCAGGCUGCAUGGCUGGUCCCUGGGAAUGGGAUGCCCAUCCCAUCCAGGGAUCGUAGAAAGACAACGAUUCCUUCCCGAGGACCUGCUGCUGCUGCCUUGAACGCCAGCAAGUCGAGGAGGAGGCAGGAGAAAGAUGUCUGCUGCCACCUCAGCCAUCCAGGCUCCCCAAGGCCCUGCGAACCCACCUCCCCCAGAGGUCACCAACUCAGCCAAGCCUGGGCGGAAGACCAACCAACUUCAGUACAUGCAGAAUGUGGUGGUGAAGACUCUGUGGAAACACCAGUUCGCCUGGCCUUUCUACCAACCUGUUGAUGCAAUUAAAUUGAAUUUACCAGUGAGUAAUGUUUCUUAUUUCUGAGGUGUUCCCCCACUUAUUUAAAGGCUACCAGUCUGUUGAUGCAAUUAAAUUGAAUUUACUAGUGAGUAAUGUUUCUUAUUUCUGAGGUGUUUCCCCACUUAUUCAAAGGCUCCGACAAGGCGUCAUCUGUUGUCAUGAGGAACCAUAGAACCCACUGCAAUGCAGAAAUCACAGCUAUAGAAUUCCCAAAGGAUGGCCUUCCAACCUCUGUUUAAAAACCUCCAAGAAGCGAGAGUCCACCGUCUUCCAAGUUCCAUUGCCAAGCAGUUACCGACAGAACGUUCUUCAUACUGUUUAGUCAGAAUCUCCUUUCUUGUCAUUUGAAUCCUUUGGUUCAGGUCCUCUCCUCCCAGAGCAGCAGAGAAGAAGCUUGCUCCGUGUUUCAUGGGACAGCUCCUGGAGUUUCGGAGCAAGGUGUCACCAGUACGCUGAUGACACACGCAGCUCUACUUCUCCCUGACAUCUGAAUCAGGAGAGAAUGUGAAAGCUUUGGACCUGUGUCUGGAUGCAGUAGUGGACUGGAUGAGAGCCAGUAAACUGUGUUAGAUUCCUGAGAAGACAGAGGCUCUUAAGGUGGGUGGGUCCCAUGUCUGGAGAUAGGGCAACCCCACCGAGAACAGGUAACUUACCUAUCUCUGAAGGAGCAAGUGCGUAGUUUGGGGGUACUCCUAGGUACAUCGUUUUUACUAGAGGCCCAGGUGUCCUCUGUGGCUAGGAGUGCCUUCUACCAGCUUCAUCUGGUUUGCUAAUCACAGCCAUUCCUGGACACUUGGACAGAGAUACCCUUGUAGUCCAUGCAUAAUCUUGAGCCUGGAUCGCUGUAAUGUACUCUGUGUGGAGCGGCCUUGGGCCUGGUUUGGAAGCUCCACCUGGUGAAGAAUGCAGCAUCCAGAUUACUAAGGAGAGAGUCUGGUUGAGAACAUGGGACACCCUGCUCUGGUUCCCCAUCUACUACCAAGCCUGGUUCAAGGUCCUUGUAUUAACUUACAAAGCCCUGAGCAACUGAGGUCCAGGGUACCUCAGGGAGUGCCAGAACCCUUGUAUCCAAAGUCCAUCGCUGAGAUUCUCUGCAGGAGCAUCAUUUCCUGAGUUGGUGAGACUCAUUUGGCAGCAAGAAGAAACUAAAUCUUUAGGGUCAUUGACCAGUGCUGUGGAACUGCCUGCCACUUCCAUCUCAACCUUUAAAUGCCUCCUGAAAACUUUUCAGUUCCCUCAGACUUACACAGGAAAUCAAUACAUCUUUUCCACAAUAGUUAGCUGGUUUUUUAAAAUCUUAACUUUUUAUAUGGCUUUAUGUAUAAUGGUUGUAAACUGCUCUGAUUUUUGUUGUUGUUAUAAAAUUGGGAUAUAUAAAUAUGCUUAUAAAUAAAAUAUGCCAUCAUCCUUGGUCAUUGGCUUGCUGUGGAUUACAGGAGAUGGAGAUGUAUUUCCCAGUGGUGGGAAACUUCCUUCAGCAUGUGGGCUGCAUUCCUGUGUGAUCUGCCUUUCGGAGGCCACAAGCCUUCACCCUGGCUGGCUUUCUGCCACUGGUCUGUGACUUCUUGAAAGGUUCCCUAUAGGUCCCUCUAGCUGAAACGGUCCCGCCCCCUCCCCAAAUAAUUAAUAAACGAGAUUUCCAUCCUCCCAACAGGAUUACCACAGAAUAAUUAAAAACCCGAUGGAUAUGGGGACUAUCAAGAAACGGCUGGAACACAACUAUUACUGGAGUGCCAGCGAAUGUAUGCAAGAUUUCAACACCAUGUUUACAAAUUGCUACAUCUACAAUAAGGUAAAGGAUCUGGGGGCUGAGAUUAUGUUGUCGGGUGUUGUGUCCUUUUAGUAUUCUGAGGAGGUCCGGACUAUGAAACAAGCCGGAUGAGAACUUUAGUGCAAGUGGUGUAAGUCUUACUCUGAAGAUGACCAAACACUAUUAAAAACACUUAACUGUGCCUACAAUGUGGCAGUGUGGGCCUGCAGAAAUGGCUCAUUUUGCAGCUCACAUUGUGUCCUCUAGUAACCAGCUGGUGGAGAUAUUUUGGAGGGUCUGAGUGUUACUGACUCCCACUGUAGAGGAGGGACUUCAAGCCCUUGAAGACCUGCUGUGAUCAACUGGCUACACACUUUUGAGGAUAAAGUCACUCAGCUUUGGAGGGAUCAUGACUCUGUGCUUGUUGCAGCUCUGGUUGAAGUACCCAUUGCUGCCAUGAAGGAUGCGUUGUGGGAUCAGUUUCUCCUCAUGCAAUCAGCUGAUGUGGACGAGAUGCUGGUGGCAAUGCAUCUGACCACAUGCAACCUUGACCCCUGUUCCUCCUGGCUUGUUAGAUCUAGCAUAGUGGGACUGACUGGUUGGGUCCAGAGUGUGAUUAAUGCUUUGCUGCAUGAGUGGGUUCCUACUGACAUCAGGCGGGCACCUUUGAUCAGCAGCCUUAGCGCUGUUACAGGUGCCACAUAAUACUUGUUCCAUGUUUGUAAAAACUCAAUAUUUUAGUGUGGCAGCACCUAUACUUUGGAACUUGCCUAUUGAUAUCGGACGGACACCUUCGCUGUACUUGUUGCAGCACCUGCUAAGAGCUAUAUUGUUUAGAUAAGUUUACCCAGAUGUUUUAGAAGAUUGGUGCAAAUUUUGAUCCAUUUUUUAAAAUUUUUUGAAAGUUUUAAAUCCUUGCUGUUAAUUUUUCUAAGUGAUGAUCUUAAUUAUCUUUUUCUUUCUUUGCAAACCACUUUGAGGUCUUUCCCCACCACACUCAAGUGGUGUAUGAAUGUUAUGAAGCAAACAAAUAAAUAGAUGUGAGGUGUCGAGCCUUCCUGUGUGUCCUCCCCAUGACCUCCUGCUUUCUCCCACCCCGUCUCCAGCCCACCGAUGACAUCGUUCUCAUGGCCCAAGCCUUGGAGAAGAUCUUUCUUCAAAAAGUCGCUCAGAUGCCACAGGAAGAGGUUGAGCUCUUGCCUCCGGUUCCGAAAGGCAAAGCGCGGAAGAUGGCUGGCAGCGGGCACAGCACAGGUUGGGUUGGCAUCUGUCAUAGAACCAUAGAAUUGUAGAGUUGGAUGCAUCCUCUAGCGUCAUCUAGUCCAAUCCCUUGCAAUGCAGGAAUCACAGCUUAAGAAUCCCUGGCAGGUGGACUGUAGAGUUAGAAGUAACCCAGAUGGUCAUCUAGUCCAAUCCCCUGAGAGGCAAGUGGAUUAUUUAUGGAUGAAGCAAAUAGGGAAAGGGGUGUAGCUCAGUGACAGAGUGUCUUCUUUGCAUCCAGAAGGUCCCAAGUUCAAUCUCUGACAGCAGCUUGUAGAACUGCAGAAGUGUCCUCUUUGAAACCCUGGAGAGCGGCUGCCAGUCAGUGUAGACACUAUUGAGUUGGAUGGACCAAAUGUCAGACUCAUAUAAGGCAUCUUCCUGUGCUCCUAUUGAACACAGCUCUUUAUUCAGAAUCAUGAGGACUAGAAUCUUAAUCUUUAGGGGGAGGGCCAUAGCUCAGGGAUGGAGUGUUUGCCUGGCAUGCAGGAAGUCCCAGGUUAAGCUGCCACUGGCAUCUCCAGGUAGUGCUUGAGGAGAGCUUUGGCUAGAGAGCUGCUGCCUGUCAGUGUAGACAGUGCUGCGCUAGAUGGACCAGUGGUCUGACUCAGUGGGAGGCAGCUUCCUAUGUUCCUAUCUAAUGAAGCCCUGUAUUCAGAACCGUGAAGACUAGAAACUUGUUCUCAGAAACAUUAAGGGCUAGCAGUUUUUUUGCUGCAACACUUUCCAAGUUACAGAGAAGGAGAUAAGAUUCAGGUAGAGGAUUUUAAUUAUUUAGAGCUUUUCUAUGGCUCUCGUCACUCAAAAAGGCUCACAGGAGUGGCUUAAAGCAAGACAAUCCCUCCUCAUAGGCUUACAGCUUUUUUAAAACAAAACAAAAACACCAUAAAAACAACCCAUGAGGGAAAAGGGAGAUGGAUGGGAAGAGGAACAGUAAACUUAAAUAAUAUUAUUCUUAAAUAAUAGCUGUUUUCAUGAUUCAGAAAUAGUUCAGGGGUAGGGCUGUGUGAUAUCUGGUUUUCAAUAUGACAAUAUAUCACCAGCUAAACAUUAUGAUAUUUCAGUAUAUCACAAUGCUUGAAAUAAGGCUGGAACUAUGUAGAAGUGAAUGUGGUAAUGCUCUGGCAACUGCUCCUACCUACAGGUCUAACUCUAAAAUUGAUAGAUUUUUAUUUACCUUUAACAUAUUGUUAAAACUGUUAUAUUAUAGUACCACUGUACUGAUAAUGUUUAAAUUAGCACAUUUUCUCUAAAAUUAAAGCUGUAGAAGUAAUUCAGUAGCAUAGAUAUCAAAGGUAAGCUGAGAGAAUGUUUCCUAAAAAAUAAAUUACAUUACGAAACAAGAAAAAAAGCCAAUUCACAAUCACUGUCACACUUUUAGAUAUUCAAAUAUAUUUCACUAUUGAGUCUUCGUUGAAUGUGUGCAUUCCACAACACCAGUUAUUAGAUUGUUUGUUAAUUUUAUUUUCUAAACCAGUCCAAAAUAGUGUGAAUGAAAUGGAUAAAUUUUAACAGAAUAAAAAAAUUGCUAAACAAAUUUUAUAUUUUUAGUGCCAGGGGAAUCUGCAUUUCUUUUAUAAUGCAGGCGAAACCAGAAAGAAUGGAUAGAAUUUUACAGAAUAAAAAAAGAUUAAACUCUCUCUCUCUCUCUCUAUAUAUAUAUAUAUAUGCAAGGAAAAUUUGAUGCAUUUAAUUAUAUGAAAAUUUACUCAUUGAUAGCGUGCUUCAACAGUAACGUUACAGAUUUCUGGAAAAUAUAUUAAUGUUAAUAACUUAAUAAUAAAUGUGUGAGAAAGCAAAGGGGUAAGAGGAGAAUCAAGAAGAGUUCCAGGGUAGGGAGGAGGGUCUGGAGGAGAAAAUGAGGAGCAUAUUGAGGGAGACAGAGACAAUUUUGCGUUCGUGCGUACACACACACACACACACACAGAGCAAGAGAGAGAGAAUACAUGCAGAUGGGGAAAAGAGGGAAGUGGCCAGAGCAGCGUGUUUUUCUUUCUUUUAAUCUGAAGCAACUACGGAACAUGUUCUUCAGCAGUUUCUUUGGGACAGGGGAGGUGGUGGAGGGGGGCGGGAGAGCUACUUUAAAGUUAAGAAGAGGAGCUGCUGCCUGCUAGCAGAAAGAGGCUAAGUUAAUUUUUAUAUAUACAGUGGUACCUCAGGUUACAGACUCUUCAAGUUACAGACGCUUCAGGUUACAGACUCUGCUAACCCAGAAAUAGUACCUCAGGUUAAGAACAGUUUCAGGUUAAGAAUGGACCUCCAGAACAAAUUAAGUUCUUAACCUGAGGUACCACUAUAUAAAAAACUGCUCUGCGUAUUCAUAAAAACAAAACGCGCACAAACACAGGAGAUGGAGAGGGAGGGACACACACACACACACACACACACACACGACACAGGCAAUCGCACACCCACAACCAAGAAGCACAGCAGGGGGAAGAAGGAAACGGCUCUAAUGCCACAGCAGCGUGUUUUUCUUUCUUUUAAUCUGAAGCAACUACGUAGUGUGCUUCUCUGCAGCUUGCUUGGGACAGGGGAAGCGGGGGUGGGAGAGAGGGGAAGAGCUACUUUAGAGUAAAGUUAAGACGACCUGCCGCCUGCCAGUGGAGAGAGGCUGGGUUAAUUAAAACAACAACAACACAAGGUGUUCUGCUGCUUCUCAGAAACAAAACACAAACACAAACAUCGGAGUGGGGAGGGAGAGAGACAUACACACAGACAAUCGCACACCCACAACAAGCACAAGAAGGGAAAGAGGGAAGCAGCUCUUAUGCUAGAGCAGUGUGUUUUUCUCUUUACUACUCCCCCAGUUUAUAUUAUUACGUGAGAACAGGAGGAGAAAGGGGGCUCCAGAUUCAGCAAGAGCCUGGUGUCUCUGAGGGAAGGAAGUUCCUGCUCGCAGGUUGUUGAGCUCCACCUGCUCAGGAGACAGAGCACUCAGGCAGAGUUAGAGUUUUUGCCUGCCGCUGAGGAGGCAGGCAGGGGAGACGGAGAGCUAAGGCAGAGAGUUUACCCUGCAGUGCACACAAAGUUUCUAAGUGAGCGAUUUUUGCGUCAGCCUGCUGCUGCUGCGACAGGAAGCACAGAGAAGCAGCGGAGGCAGAGUUAACAAUAACAAUGGCUGCAACAGGACAGGAAGCAGCGUUGGCUUCCCGAUUUUUGCAAUAUCAUGCUUUUUGACUAUUGCACACAAGCACACACACAACUCACGAUAUAUUGCCAGGUAAUUUUUAAAAAAUGGGUAUCACAAUUUGCUCUUAAUAUUGAUUAUAAGACAAUAUAGUGAUAUGUCGCCUGGCCCUAUUCAGGGGUAGGAAACGCCUGCUGGAGCUUGCUUUUUGGCAAAAGCUAAUGGAACAAGACGUUGCAGAAGACCUUGCAGUCAUGAAAGAAGCGGCACACAAGGAAGAAGGGAGAGGGAGGGGAGAGGGGAAAGAAGAAAAAAGCAGCAAACUCAGGCACCGUUUCUUAAACAGUAAUUAUCAUCAUGACCAGCUGGGGUAGAAUGUUUCUGAUUGAGCUGGCCUUCAUCCCCAAAAGAACCAGGGAGGGGUUUGCUACUUUGACCCUUUUCUCUCUUGUUUUUCUUUUUUUAAAAAACAACAACUAGGAGCUCAGCACCCAGCAGCCUUAUCUUCCGUGUCUCCAUCAGCACCCUUCCAGAAUGUCCCUCCCUCCGUGUCGCAGACGCCAGUCAUCGCUGCCACGCCCGUGCCAACCAUCACCGCGAACAUCUCCCCCAUUGCUGCGGCCCCUGCUGCUGUGCCCCCACUGCCUCCCCCUCCUGCUGCCACUCCCAUCAUGCCUGUGGUAACUGCUAUGUCACCUAUUGUCAAGGUAAGCAAAAGAAAAUAAAUCCAACCCACAGGAAUCAUAGAGUAGGAAGUACCUUUUAUCAUACAGUAUGUGGUGGACGUGUAAAAUGGCUAAGAGCUUCUGGGAGAUGAUACAUAAUGAAUUGAAAAUAAAAAUGUUUAAAAGGAAAUUUGUAAAAAGACAGGAAGUUUUCUUUUAGGAAUAAUUGAUGCAGAUAUACCUAGAGAUCAGGAAAAUCUCAUAUGCAACUACAGCAGCCUGAAUGGUAUAUGCUCAGAAAUGGAAGGAGGGCACAAUACCAACAAAGGAAUGGCAGAUUAUAUUGAUAGAAUAUAUAGAAAUGGCUAAUUUGACUAGCAGACUAAGAGACCAGGAUGAAAGAAUUUUUAAGAAAGACUGGAAAAGAUUUGCAACAUACUUGAAAAAUUAUUGUAAACUAAAAUGUUAGCAGUGUUAGAAUAAAUUCAUCAGUAUGAAGUAUAUUGAAAUAAAACUGAAAAAGAGAGAUUCAGGUAAGUAGCCGUGUUGGUGUGACGCAGUCGAAAUAAAUAAAUUAAAAAAUUGUCCAGUAGCACCUUAGAGACCAACGUAAGUUUGCUCUGGGUAUAAGCUGAAGAAGUGUGCAUGCACACAAAAGCUUAUACCCAGAACAAACUUAGUUGGUGAUACUGGACAAUUAUUUAUUUUUUAUUUAUUUUCAAAAAAAGAGAAUACGGAAUAAUUAGAAUUUGGAGCGGCAAUGGGUUAAUAAAACGAAACAUUGAAGGUGGCGGAAAGGAAAAUCAAUGAUAAAUGUAUGGUUUGGUUUGUAUUUUGGUUAAAUGUCAUUGUGCAAACUAUGUAAAAUUGAAAAUGAUAAAUUUAAAAAGAAAAAAAGAGUUGCAAGUGGGGAUUGAACUUGAGACCCUCUUACAUACACUACCAGUGAUCUAUGGCCCAUCCAAAGCAAGAUUCUAGUCCUCAUAGUUCUGAAUAAAGGGCCCAUGCAUUCAUCAUUUAUUAUUUGUAGCCUCUCCUUUUAGAAGAAAAUUAAUUUUUUAAAAAUUGUGUAUGUGUGUUUUCCUUUGAAUUUCAGAAAAAGGGAGUGAAGCGGAAAGCGGACACAACCACCCCGACCACAUCAGCCAUCACAGCCAGUCGGAGUGAGUCGCCCACCCCGCUGUUGGACUCCAAGCAGGCAAAGGUGGUGGCCCGCCGGGAGAGCGGGGGCCGGCCCAUCAAGCCGCCCAAGAAAGACCUGGAGGAUGGGGAGGUGCCCCAGCACGCGGGGAAGAAAGGGAAGCUCUCCGAACACCUCAAGUACUGUGACAGCAUCCUCAAGGAGAUGCUCUCCAAGAAGCAUGCAGCAUAUGCUUGGCCCUUCUACAAGCCAGUGGAUGCUGAGGCUCUCGAGCUGCACGACUACCAUGACAUCAUCAAGCACCCGAUGGAUCUCAGUACUGUGAAAGUAUGUCCCCUGCUAAUCUUGAUUCAUUGUGUUGAUAGCCCACCUUUUCCUCCUCCCUUUUCACAGCAACCCUGUAAGGUAGGUUAGGUCAGGCUGAGAGAGGCAGUGGCUGUGAGCUAAGGUCACACCCAGUGAGCUUCAUGGCCGAGUGGGAGGAUUUGAAGUUCCUAGGCCAACACUCUAACCGCUAGAUCACUUUUUAAAAAAGGCCUGUUAACCUUUUCGUAGUGAAAUAUAAGGGUAAGUUAAAAGGAGACUAGGAAUUGUUUGCAUGCCUGGAUAGGCUUGUCCAAACAAAAAGGUUUUAAGCAAGCACCAGGUAGUGAAGGCACCUCCCUGCUGCCAAUAGGCAGGGCGUUCUACAGUGCAAGUUUGAGUUCUUAAAAGCACAGAGUGGGCAUUAUGUGGCACAUGGGACAGUGUCAGUUCUAUGGACUGAAGCAGUCAAGUGCUUAUAUAUGACCAAGGCAAUCUCACUGGUAAACUGGUCCCAAGUUGUUAAGGGCUUAAUACACUAACCAUAACUUCUUGAACUUGUCCCAGUUGCAAAUCCUACUGAUUAUAUUUAUUAUUUAAUUCAUGCCCAGCCCUCCCUCCCCAAGGAGCUCAGGGCAGCAAACAGGUAUACAGUUUAAAAGAAAAAACAACGCUGGAGCGUUUAAAAACCAUUAUAAUUAAAAACGGUUACAAUUUAAAAUGUUUUAAAUCCAGUGAUUUUGGGGUUGCCAGGAACAGUCUUCUUCAGCCACCACAAGCUUGGGUUAAAAGGGUCAUACAUCAAUGUUUUCAAACCCCUCCUGAAAGUUAAUAAUGUUGGGACAAGUGCUUCUCACUAGGGUGGGCUUUCCUCAACCAGGAAGCCACCACAGAGAAGACCCUGUCACAGGUCAAAACUAAUCAGGCAGCACCCAGGGACUACCAUCAGAGGCAGCUGCCAGGCUGAUGCUGGCAUUGGAUGAGGGGGAGUUGUGGCCUGGUCCAUCAACAGUGGACUUGUUUUCGCUGCUCCUCCAAUGCUUGCUGGCAGAUUUCUGAUAUAAUAGAAUUUUAGGGUUCAGGGGUCAAGGGUAAUCUAAUCCAACCCCCUGAAUUGCAGGAAUCACAGCUCAAGAAUCCCUGAUGGAUGACCAUUCAACUUCUGCUUUAAAAUCUCCGAUGAAGGAGAGUCCACCACCUUCACAACAUACAUGAGCAAAACUCAAAUCCCACAUGACAUACUCUCAGCUGUAUCAUUUUAUUCCUGUAGCAUUUCUAAGCAUCAAAAGUGCUUGUAAAUAAUUGUUUUGUUCUCUGCAGUGACCAUAGUAGUUUGUCGAUGGUUUCCAGCCCUGCCCCAGAUUAAACUCUGCCUUAAAAAGAAAAAAAAACUUUCUGCAUAUGUGAAUUCAAGUUGCUUAGGGCUUUUUCGACCUGUUAUCCAACUUUCCCUCUCCCUGUUCUUCCUUCCCUCCCGACUUUCUUGUAUUUGCAGAAAAAAAUGGACGUUCGGGAUUAUCAAGAUGCCCAGAGCUUUGCGGCGGACAUCCGGUUAAUGUUCUCUAAUUGUUAUAAGUACAACCCUCCAGAUCAUGAAGUCGUGGCUAUGGCCAGGAAGCUUCAGGUAAAGUGAUGGACAAAAUGGAACCAGAACAGAGACUCAAAAACUGAUAUGAGAAAUAAAUUAAUUUCCUUGUUAAAGGUGCCUAUGAGGCUUUGGAUUGUGCCUAAUUCCCCUUGCCUGCCUCCAAAAUAAUGCAUUUCUGUCCCUGAUUUGGCCUGUCCCAGGGAAGUGACUCAGGCAGAGAAGCGACAAGCAGCCUCCUCAUAGGAGCAGAGUGGAUCAUUUAUGCACAUCUGCAUUGGGAACACUUUUAGAGCAGAGGUGGUCAAGUAAGUCCCGCUGGUGGGCCAGAACUUUUUCUCCUCUCCUCCCACUGGGCAAAAUUAUGACAGGUGGGUGAGGAUGCCGGCCUGUCAGUCACCUGAUGUCACGGUGAUAUUGGGUGACCUGGUGGGGGUUUUUUGGGGGGGUUUUGCCUGAGCAGUUGCGGGAGGUGGGGGGAAUCAUGCAGGCAAUGGCAGAGGUCUUUACAAGCACUGAUAAUCAAGUGGAUGCCUCUGGUUAGCUGACAGGUGAGGCAUUUUUAGACCAGCUGGGUAUUUACCUGGAGGUGAAGGACAGGUGAGCUUGGUUUGGUUUGCAUAAUUGGGCAUAUGGACAGAAGUGUCCCUUCUGGGGAGGGGAGGGGGAGCUAUCAUUUUUUGUAAUGAGAUUUUUAUUAAAGUUUUUAAAUAACACAAUAAAAACUGCUACAAAAAAUACAAACAGAAUAAGUAGAAUAUGGAGUCCUGUCUUAAGAGUAAUUUUUAGCCCUUACCACCUAAAGGGGACAGUAGCUCAUUCCCAGCUCUCACCUGGAAUCUUUCCUUUCUCCUCCCAGCAUUUGGUCCUGAAAGAGUGACAUUUCCAUGUACAUUAAAAAUAUGAUUAUUUAAAACAUUCAGUCCAUGCUAACACCCAUCUUCUCUAUUUUCUGUUAAACAAUAUUUCUUUUAAGUCAAGGUGACUCAGAAUCAAUCAUUUAUUUUCUCAACAAAAAGCCUAAGAUAGGUUCCCGAAUUGUUAUUAUUGGUACCUGUCAACCAUAUUUUUUCUUUAAUAUUAACUUUACCUCCAUUAAUUCCCACCAGCAUUAUUCCAUAUCAGCUGACAGUAAAUUCUUCUGUCUGUGUCCAUUUUAAAUCUAUCCAGUCUGGUCACAUAUUGGGAUAAUAUUAUAUAUUUUUCUUACUAUAUAUCCAUUAGUCCAUGUCCUGUAUGUUCAAAUUCCAUUUCCUGUUGUGUUUCCAUUUCCUGUUGUAUUUAUGAUAGCAUCCCAAUCUGCUCUUCUAGGACCUUUGAUUUUUUUUGUUUUUCCAAGUCUUUUUCCAUAGAUAAUAGCAUAAAUUUAGCAGCAGCAUUCUCUGAAUUCACUCCAAAUUGACUGCGGAAUAUACUUUGUCUGCUAGAACUGAAGAAAGGCCAGGAAUGAAGUUUUUCCCAGUGCUUCCCCCCUCUCAAAUCCAUCAAUGCCAUAUCCAGACAAUUCUCCAUAUCACUAUUUGUGAUUUUAUAUUCUCCUCCAAAUCCUUGUAUGGAAGGCAUUUCAAUUUCAGCAUCUGCUUCCUGUAAUUUAGCUAUUUAUCAUCAAGUCCUGCUAGCUUUUCAUCGAUUUGGUUUGAAGCACAGAAUUGGAGAGUUGGAAGGAGCCCUCAAGGGGCAUCUAGUCCAAUCCCCUGCAGUGUAGAAAUAACAGCUAAAUGUGAGAGGAUUCUGCAACUAGGCUGCAUCAAAGCAGAUUAUGCCCAGUUGGCCAAUAUACGUCCCAUCUUUUUUUUGUGGGGGUGACUCAGCAAUGAUGCUCUUGUGUUUCACAUCCUUGCCUUUGUUCCAAAUUGUUUAUUUUUUUGAAUGGGAGGUUGGGGAACACUGCUUCCAAGGAGAAAGUGGGUGGAGGGGGUGGGGAAACUCACUGUCAUGGAAAGUGGUGAUGGCCACCAAUCUUAAAUGGCUUUAAAAGAGGAAUAGACAAAUUCAUGGAAGAGAUAAGGCUGUCAAUGGCUGCUGGCUAUGGAUGCUUUAGCUGUGAUUCUUUGCAUUGUAGUGGGUUGGACUUGGGGAUGAUCCUUGGGGUCCCUUCCAACUCUACAGUUCUGUGAUUCUUUGAUUCUAUGGCUGUGCUCUUUCUCUAUGAUCGGAGGCAAUGAUAUUUUUGAAUACCAGUUGCUGGGAACCACAGAAGGAAAGAGGGCUCUUGUGCUUGGACUCUACUUGCAUGCUUCCCUUUGGAGCAUCUGGGUGGCCAUUGUAAGAACAGGAUGCUGAACUGGAUGUGGCCAGUGGCUUAUCUUAUGUUCCUAGAAGGGUUGUGGGCUCUCUCUGCCCCCUCUACAAACCUCUCUCUUUCAUAUGCCCUCUCUCUCCGCACGCAGGACGUCUUUGAGAUGAGGUUUGCCAAGAUGCCGGAUGAGCCGGCAGAGCCCCUGGCCCAGCCCCCACAGACGGCACCCGUUGUCAGCAAAAGCAUGGAAAGCAGCCAUAGCAGCGAGGAGAGCUCCUCCGAUUCGGACAGCUCAGACUCUGAAGAGGAAAGAGCCACACGGCUGGCUGAGCUGCAGGAGCAGGUGAGAGGUGGUCCCAUGCCAGAAGUCCUCUUCCACACCAUACACAGUUAACCUGUGGAACUCAGUCCUGCAAGGCAGUGAUGGCCACCAACUUGGAUGGCUUUGGAAGAGGACUGGACAGGUUAAGGGAGGAGAAUGCUAUCAAUGGCUAUUAGGCAUGAUGGCUUUGGUCUACCUCCACUGUCAGAGGCAAUGAUGCUUCUGAAUGCUAGUAGCUAGGAAUCACAAGCGGGGAGAGUUGCUGUUGCUCUCAGGUCUUGCCUGCGGGCUUCCCUUUGGGGCAUCUGGUUGGCCACUGUCAGAACAGGAUGCUGGACUAGGUGGGCCACUGGCCUGAUCCAGGAUGGCUCUUAUUAUGUUCUUAUGGUCCUUUAAAAACAAACAAACAUUGAGAUCUCAUUCCCAAUGGGUUCCAGGCCAAGCUCCAAUAAAAGCCCCUCUACACGUGAGCUUGCUUGACAUUUUGGUAUCUAUGAAAUAUGUCUGUGAAAAAACCUAGUGUUCAGCCAGCACACAUAUGGUUCUAGAAGUCUUCAGUUUGAGAACCACCUCAGCAAAAUAACUUAUUUUGGAGUAUAAGUCACUUAGUCUCAGUUGGGCUGAUCUGUAAUAUGAGAGCUACACUUGCCUCUGAAGAAUUUAAAUGAUCAUUUACUUGUUUGAAACAAGGUCCUGCUUUUUAGUGUUUAUAAAGUAAACUGCAAUGUGGCUAAUAUUCAGAGGCUUUAAAAAAAUAAUAAUCCCAAAAUAAUCCAAACAGUUUUGGCUUACUAGGAACCUUUCUUUCUUUUUUAAAAAAUUGGGUGCCUGAAGGCAUACAUUGUGUGGUUCUUAUAAUGCAAAAAAUACAUUAUGAAAAAAGAAUUGCGAGUGGGGGAAAUGCUGCUGGCCCUUGCGUUUUCAUGCACUUUGAGUGGCCUGGAGGGCUAGAAAGUUGGCCCUUUUAAAAGGAAAGAGAGGAAAAAAUGAAAAGAUUCUCAGGAUUCCUUGGGAGACCAGAGUGUAAUUUUUUGUGUGUUCAUGUGGCAAAUGCAGAUUGCGGGAUCCCCUACCCUUCCCCCCCUCCCUUCCUACCAAAUGGAUUCGCACUCAGGAUGCACGAUUAGCUUCCUCGCCUGUCUUCUUGUUCACACAGGACUGUUCCCGAUCAUUGAGGCAGUGCUACAAGGUCAAUGACUCCCGAGACUGGAAUGGAUGGAAUGUAUUUGUUUAUUUUAAUUUUAAUUUUAAAAUUUUCAUUUUCUUAUUGCUGUCCGGAUAUGUCAAGUUGUGUAGCAUUAGCAUAGCUAUAUAUAUAUAUAUAUAUAUAAAAUAUCCUAUCUAUAAGCUGUGUUGCUGUGUUGCAUGUGAGAUAAUUUUUCCGUCCUGCUGAUCCAGUAAAGCUCUGGGCUUCAGCUGGCAAGGUGGGAUUCUGCAGGUGUUUUGAUAAUAAAUUUGUUUUAAAAUAAAUUGGGGAUGAAAGGGGAAAGAGAGAGGGUGACAAGAGGUCAAGAGCUUUGAGUUCUGAUCCUUUUAACAGUCAUGGAGGACGGGAAUUUUAAAAGCACCUGGAUCUGGUCAAUGAUGAGAGAAUGCUUAAAGCAGCACUGGAGAACAUCAGUGGCCCAUCAGCUGUUUGCUGGACUAAAACUCCCAUCAACCCCUGACUAUUGGCCAAGAUGGCUGGGGCUGAUAGUAGUUGAAGUCCAACAAGAAAUGGAGGGCCACGGGUUCCCCACCCUUUAUCCAAGGAGAGGGAUUCCACUCUCACAUGAGGGAAUGUCUCUUCUAUAUAGAGGCAUCCUUCCACCUCUUGCAUGCAGUAGUGGAAUACUCCUUCUUAGAUCAGGGAUGGGGGCCUGGGGGUCCUCCAGAUGUUGUUGGACCACAAUUCCCAUCUGACCAUUGUCAGUGUGGCUGGCGGGGGUUGAUGGGAGCUGGAAGUCCAGCGUCAUCUAGAGGGCACCACAUGUUUCUUACACCUGGUUUAGAUAAGAAUUGAGCUAGGUGGCCCGCUAUAGACUAUUUUGUUACAACAGUUUAUAUUCUAGAGGGCUUUUUUGAGUUUUGUUGCUCUUGGCAUGGCAGGAGAGUAGGAAAAAAUGAGAUUGUGAGCCCCCAAGGGCAGGGCCUCAUCACUGCUUUUAACUGAUGCUUAUCUUAGGAGUUUUGUUAAAGGAUCUGAUGAUGAUUUAGACAAAGUCCCAUAUUUCAGUCCUCCUCCAUUGGGCGGGGGGUGGGGGGAACCUAUUGGCAGUACAUUCUCUUCCACAGCCAGUGCUGCUGAGUCCAUAGAGUGUUUGCAAUCCAAAGCGAUAACCCAGUGCUCCCACCAGAUUUCCUGAGAAUCCCACUUUUUUCUUUUUCUUUUUUUAAUGAUGGGCAAAUUUCUAGUCCUCAUGAUAAUUCUUUUAAAGGUGAUGUCUCUGCUUCUUCCUGGGGUGGAGGUGGGACACACAGUGAUAUUGCUGAACCAAGUCUUAUUUGUGUUUUAACACUUUUAAAAGGGACCCCUUGCUCUGUUUUUGUUCCAUUUUUAUUUUAGGACUAUUUAUUUUUAUGUGUGUGUUUUUUUAAAAAAAAUACGAAGUUCCAUUCUCACUCAAUCCUUAGUGCCUGGGGCAAGUUAAAAAUGCAGGGAUAGAAAAAACAAAAAUGACAUUAGAAGGGACCCUAUUCUGAAUGUUGAUGUGUUCAUCCAUCAGUUGAUGGCCAAGCAAGGAAAUGUUCGGGACUGGAUGUUCACAGACCUCUGGGGGAAAAGACAGCCCCACAAGUGGGUAGGGGAGGCUGCCCGUAAGGGCAUCUCUUCCCAAACCUUGGUCUGUGGACUACCAGUAGACCACGAGCUUCAUUCAGGUGGUCUGUGGUGUGUUUGUAAGCUUGUGGUUGAACAUGGGAAAGAGCCCAUCAGUCAUUGUACUGAGAGAGGCUUUUAUUUCUUUAGGCGCAAUGAUGGCCAAUUUAACCUUCCCGCCCACUACCCCCAAAAUAAAAUAGGAAUUUAAAAAGAUAUUUUCCUAUAUACAGUAUGGAGAAAUGCAAGGUGUCGUUAUGCUCUGCAGUUUGCAUGGCCGCCAGUAGGGGGCAGUGUCAACUACAGCAUGAAGAACAGGUGAGCUAUUUUAACAUGGAAGGGAAGCACGGCAAAGCACCUACUCCCUACACUAAAAAGGCACGCAACAAGGCUUAGGGGGAGGGGAGGCUCUUCACACAAAAGCUGAGCAAGCUCUUGUGUGAAGCAACACCCCCCCCCCAAUUAAACACAGCUAGAGUCAGGUUUAAUGGAAGGUAGAGUGGUCCUUCAUAAAGUGGUUUAACAAGCUGCUUUCUAUUAACACCUCCCCCCUCCAUUAAAUGUGCCUGCAGUGAGGCUUAACAUAGAAGGGAGAGGAGCUUCACACAGCUGUUUAGCAAGCCACUCUGUGAAUUGCCACCCCCUCCUUUAAAAGGGGUGGGGCUUAGGGCAAGCUGUGGGGGGGGGGAGUGUGGAUAGGUGAGGUGUAAAGGGAAGAGAGGUUGGUCAGGUGUCGCGGAAAGCCAAAAGGGGUAGAUGGGGUUAGCAAGUAAAGUGAACAUGCGCGGUAGCUGCAUUGGCACACAGCUGGGGAAGGCGACAGCAGGGGUGGCAACCCCUAGUACAUUAUAAAAUGAAAUUACAAGUUACCAAAAAAAAAAAAAAAGCUUGGCUAAACAAUUUUUAGCAGGCACCAAACGCAGUGUGUCUUCCUCACUCCCCUGGUGUCAAUGCAUUGGGAAUAUAUCAGACAGGCAAAGCUGGGCUUGUUGCUUUCCCACCCUAAGGCUGCAGGGUUGUUUGAGAACUGACACCUCCAUGGGGAGGGGACCACAUCUGGUGCCUCUUUGAGGGUGGUUGUGUUUUUUUUUACAGUUUUUUUUACAGUUUUUUUAAGUGGUAUACAAAUAUUAUGCAAUCAAUCAAUUGGGAGAGGGGGGUAUGAAGCCACUGCUAUCCAUGCAUUUGUAGCCCAGAUCACGGCAGGCACAUAUAGAGCCACCACACAUGGGGUGGUGAAGGGGCUAGUUUCUGGUUCUCGCCAAUGGCAUUUUGCCAGGAGCACUGCUUGGUGGUAGCCCCUGUAAGAUCCUGCAGAAGGUGCAGCAAGUGGUGAGAUGAUUUGUAGAUUUGAGAGAACAUUGGCAAAUAUCCCUCAGCCACCAGGAAAGUAAGAUAAAGGUAAAAGGGAGAGAAUUUCACCCAAAUUUGAUAGUUGUUGAAUGUGAUUUCUUUUCUCAUUAAUUGAUGGAGAAUGAUCAAGGUGGGGUGGGAAAUGCAGGAGGGAUCCCCCCGGCACAAUUUUAGAGUGGCUCAUUCCCUCCAAGGGAGCUGGCUCUGGAGCAAUAUGGCCACCUUAAGCUUUUACUCUUCCAUCUUCCCCUGCCAGUUGAAGGCUGUCCACGAGCAACUUGCUGCUCUCUCGCAAGCCCCCGUGAACAAGCCAAAGAAGAAGAAGGAGAAGAAGGAAAAAGAGAAAAAAAAGAAAGACAAGGAAAAAGAGAAGGAGAAAGAGAAGCACAAGGCAAAGGCUGAGGAGGAGAAGAAGGUGAAGGUCACUCAGCCGGUGAAGCAGGCCCAGCAGAAAAAGCCACCGGCCAAGAAGGCCAACAGCACCACCACCGCAAACAGGUAAAGGAGAGAGGUGUUGUGGUCUGGGGUUACUGUUUCUGCAGCACGGUCCCUGUCUCUGAUGUCACGGCCUAGGACCCUCAUACCUACGGGACCGCCUCUCCUGGUAUGCCCCACAGAGGACCUUAAGGUGCAUAUAUAGCAACACCCUAGAGGUCCUGGGCCCUAAGGAAGUUAGAUUAGCCUCAACCAGAGCCAGGGCCUUUUCAACACUGGCUCCGGCCUGGUGGAACGCUCUGUCUCAUGAGACCAGGGCCCUGCAGGAUCUGAUUUCUUUCCGCAGGGCCUGUUCCACCUGGCCUUUGGCUUAGAAUCAUUUUGAUUCCCUUCCCCUCUUUUCCCCCCCCUUUCUCCUCCUGUGAAGAGGCUGCAUCCUAAUGUUUUAAUGUUGUAUCUUAAUCUUUUAAAUUGUAUUUUAAUCAACUUGUUUAUAUUAUUGGUUGUUAGCCGCCCUGAGCCCGGUCUUGGCUGAGGAGAGCGGGGUAUAAAUAAAAAUUUAUUAUUAUUAAAGCCACCCAAUCGGCAUUAAAUGGGGCCUUUUUAAGUCACUGAAAAGUGUGGGAAUUAAACUCUAGUUCCCAUUUACAGAGUUACGCAGAAGAGAGCCCGGGUCUGACCCUUUCAUUAGUUCCCUUUCCCUCCUAUAAAGAAAUAAAUAUGCAAGACACUCCCUGUUUAAAGCUUAAAUAACAAACAACUUUUACACAGUGUGCUUGCACUUGUUAGAUUAAAUAUACAAGGCAGGCAGAUGUUACUUCUAUUACUAAUACAUAUUACACCUAAGACAACAAAAGACUGUUGCAGACUGACCUAACUCUGAGGUAGACAGCAGCAUAACAGAACAUAUCUGCUGCUCCGACUGUGAAGACAGUUAAUAACUGCCAUAACUGAACCAACAGAAAAUAACUGCCACGGCCUGUGACAUCACAGAGUUCUAUAGCCCUUUGUGAGCGUUAACCCUUUUACUUAGCGAUUUGGAUGCUUCAUCCCAUGAAAAAAGAAGCUUCCUCCUGCUCUGUGCUGACUGGAACUAAUCUGAAGGAAAGGAGGAGUUGGUCACAGAGGAUCAGCUCCCAAGUUUGCAUGGGAAAGCCCCCCUGAGGAGGAGGUGGUUUUUUUGUUUUGUUUUUUAAAUAAUUUUUAUUUAAAAAAUUUCUUGUGUUACAAAAGUAUGGGCGUUGUCUCUAUUUCCAUAGAGUCUUUUCUACAAAUCAGUUAUGUUCAGUGUGAGACAUUGAUGUUGUACACAGUAUAAAGUUGGAAGGAGAAGAAAGAGGAGGGGAGGGGGUGGUAAACAUAACAUUAUUUUACUUAAGUGUAUGUGUGAGGUUUUUGUAUUGGCGUGACUUGGGCCACCUGCUCCUUAUAGCACUGCAGCUCCAGCCCUUUGUAAUUAGUUGUCACAUUUUAUAUAUAUGUGUGUGUGUGUGUGUGUGUGUGUGUGUGACCCAGUUGUUUUAUGGAAUAUUAAUAGCACAUUUGCAGAAAUUGUUUAAGGGGGCUGAAACCAAUGCUAGCCCUACUCCGUGUAGAUUCACUGAAGUUGAUGGCCAUGAUGAACUUGGGUACAAUAAUUUCAAUGUGUCUACUCUGAGUAGAAAUUAGUUGGGUACUGCUCUUCAUGUUUGGUGCUUGUAGAAAUGUUUUCACUGGAAGUGGAAAGAGAGAGGGUUUGGUGAGUAACACAAGCAGGGAAGGCAGCCCCUUGUUAUUCCCUGCUCGUGUUGCUCACCAAACCCUCUCUCUUUCCAUUUCGCCACAAACCUCCCUCCCCUCACAGUGGGGAGCAAAUUAACUGUGCAGGCAAUAAUAGCAAAGUAACUUUGCAGGCAGCCGAAAAAAGGCGGGAAACAGGUUCCUGUGGCCUACGAUUCGGAUGAGGAGGAAGAGGGACUCCCCAUGACCUACGAUGAGAAGCGCCAACUCAGCUUGGAUAUCAACCGCUUGCCGGGGGAGAAGCUGGGCCGGGUGGUACACAUCAUCCAGUCAAGAGAGCCCUCACUCCGGGACUCCAACCCCGAUGAAAUUGAGAUAGAUUUCGAAACCUUGAAGCCUACCACGUUACGGGAGCUGGAGAGAUACGUCAAAUCCUGUUUGCAGAAGAAGCAACGGAAGCCAUUCUGUAAGUGGAGGGAGCCUUCCAGGACCCAUCCUGAAAUGAGCAGGGCCAUAUCUUAAUUAUUUUUAUCUACCUAUAUAUUGCAUUCAUAUUCCACCUUUCCCUCAAAGGAAUUCAAAAAGGCAUACAUGAGUCUCUUCCCCCUCCUCAUUUAAUCCCACUCAUUUAAUCCCCACAACAACCCAGUGAGGUAGGCUAAGCAACAACUGGUCCCAAAGGUUGUAAACAAUGAACUUCUUUUAUUUUUAGGGGAUGGCCCACUUCUCAGUGCCAGAGCCUAUGCUUGCAUGCAGAAGGUCCUGGGUUCAUUAGAGAUGCCAUUGAGGUUUAAACCUGGGGCCUUCUGCAUACAAAGCAGAUGCCCUGCUACUCAGCUAUGGCUCCUCCUCUAAACAUGGCAUGAUUCUAAUCCUCAUAAUUCUGAGGAAAGGGCUGGGUUAUUUAAUAGGAGCAUAGGAAGCUGCUUUAUACCGAGUCAGACCCUUGGUCCAUCCGGCUGAGGGACGUCUAUGCUGACUGGCAGAAGCUCUUUCCCCAGCCUUACGUGGAGAUGUCACUGGGCAUUCAACAAAACAGGUGCUCUACCAUCUAAGGCCCUUCCCUCACUCACAGUGGCAUAACAUGGGUUGUCAGCACCCAGGACAAGGUCCAAAGCCCAUCUCUCUUCCUCCAUCUCCUCUGUGUUUGCCUUGACCUUCCCCACCAGCCUGUCAAAAGAAGCUUCCUUCAAGGCUGUUCCCUCAGGGCAACUGCCCCAAUUGUCCCCCACACUACUCCACUUCUCAGGUUUUGGAGCUGGGGAGAUGCUAUCGCAUAACCCACAAGAGGCCAUCUGACCCUCCCCCAUCCAGCAUCUCUUGGGAGUCAUUGGCAUGAGAAUGCAAAAGACAGUGGUUGCUGACUCUUCCUUCUCUCUCCACAUGUCACCAAUUGUGCCUUUCUCCCCCGCAGCUGCGAGUGGGAAGAAGCAGGUGGCAAAGUCGAAGGAGGAGAUUGCUCAGGAAAAGAAGAAGGAGCUGGAGAAGAGGCUUCAGGACGUCAGCGGGCAGUUGAACAACAACAAGAAGCCUGCGAAAAAAGGUGAACAAAACCUCCUCCCUUCCUGAAUGCAUUUACUAACUGCAUCUGAUUCCCUGUUUUGUCCUCACAACUUUCUGAGGUAGGUUAGGCUGAGAAGAAGGGGCAGGGGAGUGUGACCACCCCAGUAGACUUCAUGACCAAAUGGAGGAUUUGAACCCAUGCCUUCUUGGUCCUAGCCUCUGACACUCCUGAUUCCUGCAUUGCAGGGGGUUGGACAAAAUGAUCCUUUGGGGCUUGCAGUUCUGUGAUUCUAACCACUAUACUGUGUUGGCCAUUGUGAACCUGCAACCUUCCCUAUGCAAAGCUUUGCAUGCAGGACCACCUCUCCUAAAGCCCUUCUUCCACAAGCGAACUGGAGGGUGGCAACACAAGAACAGACCUUUUCUGUGGUGGCUCCCCAUUUGUGUGAUGCUCUCCCCAGAGGCGCUCGCCUUGCGCCUUCACUGCCUAUAUUUAAGCACCAGAUAAAAGCAUUCCUCUUCUCCCAUGCCUUUGGCUAAUUAAACAAUCUAUGAACUUUUAAACUGGGGAGGGGGAUGUUAUUGUUUGUAACUAAGGGUUUUUGUUCAUUUGUUUUUAUAUUUUAAACCACCCUGUGAUACUUGGAUGAAGGGCUGUAUAGAAAUGCAAAUAAUAAUAAUAAUAAUGUCCAAGAAUAAUAUAAGUACAUAAGAAGAUGCUGUUGGAUCAUGCCAAAGGGAGCCCAUCUAGUUUUGUAUGCUGUUUUCACAGUGACCAUCCAAACGCUCCAACUGGAAGCCAGUAGGUAGGAUCUGAGCAACAGCAACUCUCUCCACUUGUGAUUCCAAAUAAUUGGCAUUCCAAAGCAUAACUGACAGUGGUGGAAGAGCAUAGCCAUCUUGGCUGGUUGCCAUUCAUAGUCUCCUCCUCCAUGAAUUUAUCCAACCCUCUUUUGAAGUCAUUGAGGUUGGUGGCCAUUACUUCCUCCUGCUGGAGUGAGUUAACUAUGUCCAGAAUUAGACUUCAUCACUCCUGGGGUUUUUAUUUAGGGACCUAACAGGGAAGGAGGUUUUGUUUUGGUUGCAUUCACACAACAGUUUAGUCCACUUUCAUGAUGUUCCCCAACCAAUUUCUGUGUUAUAGUUGAGCUUCCACAUGGUGUAAGAGCCAGUUUCGUAAAUCUAGAGGAACAUAGUACAUAUUUAGCACUCAUUUCUGUGAUGCCAGAAAAAAUCCAUUUGCAGCCUCCUUAACCCAGAAAAUCAUGGGAGCAAAGAGAUAAAAUGUGGGGCAGUUACGCCAACCAUACAGUUCUCUUCUGCCAUUUUCAUGGGAAGAAUCAUGGGGGAACAGAAGUGUGCAUGUUCAGAAAGGGUGGAGGAGUAGCACUGAUGCCCAGUGACAUUUGAUGUUCCACAACGGGUACGAAUGAAAUUUAGCACAACGUUCCAGUAUAUUGGUUUAAAAAGCCACAGUGUCAUAACUUGGAGGGUAGCUGGAGGUUUUUAAGCAGAGGUUUGAUAGCCAUCUGUCAUGGAUGCUUUAGUUGGUAUUCCUGCAUUGCAGGGAGUUGGACUAGAUGACCCCUGUGGCCCCUUCCAACUCUACGAUUCUUUGAGUCUAUGAUCCUUCUAAUGCAACAGGUACUGCAAUGUGAAACGAGUGUUAGAAUAUGGGACAGAAGCACUAGUGUUCUCAUCCCGGAUCCUAAUUCAACGUUCCACACGUCUGAAUGCACUAUUUUUAGCCUAGAGAAGUUGAAUCUUAAAUAUCCAGGCUGAAGAUUGCUUUCACCUAAAAUGCUAUUUCUUUUCUCAUUUCUUUUGCUAGAAAAAUCUGGCUCCACCCUUUCUGGAGGCCCCUCUCGCCUGAGCAGUAGCAGCUCCUCGGAAUCGGGGAGUAGCAGCUCAAGCUCCACUUCGGACAGUAGCGAUUCAGAAUAA